AUGAAACAUCUAUUAAUAUCCCAGUCCCAGCCUGGCAGUCGCUCCAGUUCCCCUGGGAAGCUGCUGGGCCACUCGUCUGGGUACGGGAGGAUCAGCAGGCCCCCCUCAGCCUCCAGCACCCCUGUAGACAAGAGGAGCAAGGUCCCCUGCAGCCAGGGCUGCAGAAGAGAUUCCUCUCCCAGCCGACUGGGACUAGCGAGGAGCCGUAUCCCCCGGCCCAGCAUGAGUCAGGGCUGCAGCAGGGAAACCUCUAGGGAAAGCAGCAGAGACACCAGCCCUGCUCGGGCCUUCAAGCCCCUUGGUGAGUACCACGUCCAACCGGACACCAGGAGGCCUCCUGGAAGCAGCAAGGCCCACUAG